CAUGUCGUCGAUCAAGUGGACGGUCCAUAUCUCUCUUUUUUCUGUACCUAAUUAACAUCUUCAAUAAGUCUCUCUCUCUCACUUCUAUAUUGUUUUCCUCUUGAUAGAGUCGGUCGGGUUUCUUCUAUGAUCGAUCUUUCUAUGAUCAAGAAGAAACCUCAUCAAAAUAACUAAACCUAAAAGAUAACUAUCAAUAUGAUGAGGCUGGAUCAGGAGUCCUCUAGUAUUCCGCCUGGAUUUAGGUUUCAUCCGACAGAUGAAGAACUUGUCGGAUAUUAUCUUAAGAAGAAAGUCGCCUCCCAGAGGAUUGAUCUUGACGUUAUAAGAGAAAUUGAUCUUUACAAGAUCGAACCAUGGGAUCUACAAGAGAGAUGUAGGAUAGGGUACGAAGAGCAAAAGGAGUGGUAUUUCUUCAGCCACAAAGACAAGAAGUAUCCGACUGGAACUAGGACUAAUCGAGCCACCGUAGCCGGUUUCUGGAAGGCAACAGGGCGGGACAAGGCCGUUUACCUCAACUCCAAACUUAUCGGUAUGAGAAAAACGCUUGUAUUUUACCGAGGACGAGCUCCUAAUGGCCAAAAGUCCGAUUGGAUCAUUCACGAAUACUACAGUCUCGAGUCACACCAGAGCUCUCCUCCACCGGAAGAAGGAUGGGUAGUGUGUAGAGCAUUCAAGAAACGAACGACAGUCCCGAACAAAAGAAGGCAACUUUGGGAUCCCAACUGCUUUUUCUAUGACGCCACUCUCUUGGAACCUAUAGGCAAGCGAGCCAGACAUAACACUGAUAUCGCUGUCACACCAUUUAAGCAAGAACUAGUGUCCGAGGUCAAUCACGUAGAAGACGGAUCUAUGUACCUGCUUGACCCCAUGGGAGAUGAUCAAUUCUCGCAGCUUCCUCAGCUCGAGAGCCCCUCUCUGGAUCCGUGGGAAAUGACUCCGAAGAGUAAUAUCUCCGAGACGCAGAGUGGCCGGAAAGAUGACGUGAGCGUGGAGAAGAGGAUCACUGACUGGAGAUAUCUGGAUAAGUUCGUGGCGUCUCAGUUGCUGAUGAGUGGCGAAGAAUAGAGGCCAGCGGCUUCAAUCUAUGCAUGCAUGCACAAGAAACGGCAUCGUACUUAAUUUGGGACUUUCAGUCUUUCUUACACACAUAUAUAUAUAUAUAUAUAUUAUGGUCGUACGUAAUAAAUUGAACGAAAGGAAUUGAUUUCCGAUGGAUAAACAGAAGAAGGUGAGAAACCG